AUCGAGCCAGGCCUGCCUUCACUUUUCAGUAGAAUUAUGUAUACAUCCGUUUCAUUGUGAGAAUUUAUUGGAGUUUACCUAAUCAGUGCUCAAAUAAUUUGGAAAACAAUUAUGUUGUGUAGGGCGAUUAUUAAUACUGUUAGAAGAUCGGUGUGCAAUAAUGCACGUGUGCUUUAUUGUGCACAAAAUAGUUUACAAUCAACUCUUACGAUUAGCAAUACGAGGCAGUGCAAUGAACAAAAUAAUUAUAACCUAUAUGUAGUUAAAAGAUUCAAGUCUCACAAAAAGAGAGUUGAUAGCAAUAAGGAUGAUAGUGUUGAAGAAUCUGAUGAUGAAAAGGAUGAUGAAAUCGAUAUAGUGGCAGGCUCAAAAGUAGUCACAGUGCAUUCUGCAAAUAUUCGAUUAGAUGGUAUUUGCAAAGCUGGAUUUGGAAUGUCACGCAGUAAAAUCGAAGAGGCUUACUAUGCAAGUAAAAUUCUUGUAAAUGGACAAAAGCCGCUUAAAAAAUCCAAAGAGAUAAGAGAAGAAGACGAGAUUGAUAUAAUUUUACAUCGAAAUUUGGAUAAUCCUAAAUUUCUGACUAUAAAUAGAAUUCAGAUAUUAUCGAUAAGUCCUGCACCUGGUGGUGUACACAUCAAACUUUCUAGAGAUAAGAAUUUAAUAAUCGAAGAUUAUGCAGACGCAUGGAGUCCGUAAAUCAACUUUCUAGAGUACAUCAAUAAUAAAAUGUAUUUUGUAACUAUAAUUACAACUAUAAGUAAAGAGUUUAAUACUUGUAGUUAUAUAUUUAAAAAUUUAUGUAAGAGAGGAAUUGGAUUGAUUUACUCAAAUCGUCAGAAAAGAUUGGGAAAUAUAUGGACAUUUUAAUUUA